AUGACGAAAAUAACAGAUGCAGCAACGAGACAGGCAGUUCAAAGUGCCUAUGACGCCGUUAGAGCAACUGUUGUGAAAAGUCAAGAAAAAGAGUUACAACAGACCAAAACAGACCUAGUAAAUGCUUUCUUAAGAACGAAAAGUCAGGUAGGACAUUACGCUGCAGAUGGAACAUAUGUGCCAGCUGGUGGAACUUAUAUACCACCAAACCCUCCAAGAGAAGCACCUGCACCAGGACUACCUAAAACAUUUACAUCGUCACAUGGACACAGACACAGGCAUGCACCAAAACCAACACAACAACCAGCACAACAACCACCUCCACAACCAGCACAACAACCACCUCCACAACCAGCACAACAACCACCUCCACAACCAGCACCACAACCAACAGUUCAAAACCCUGCACAACAACAACCACAAACAGAGCAAGGACAUAAAAGAAGUAGAGAACAAGGAAACCAAGAAUUCUUAAAAAUGCUUAAAGAAGAGUGUGGUUUCCCAGAUAGUAUUGACUUUAGUGACAGAUAUAAAGAAGCUAUUGGAAAGUUCAAGGGAGGAAAUACUGACCCGAACCUAUUUAGCUUUAUGGCUCAGCACCAAAACGGAUAUAAUCUCAAACCUGGAAAAUACAAGCUCGCUAAGGGAUAUGAUUUAAUAGCAUAUCAUCCAAAUGACAUGGAUGAAUUUACUCCGAGAUAUUUGAUGUCAGAGCUAAAUGACAAUUCAACUUUCGUCAUGAAACGCGUAAAAAAUAGAGACGGAACGAAAGAACAAAAGCUUAUGAAUGCGGAUGACGUAGAUAGGGAAAUUGUUGAAAACGGUCUCGGAAUAUAUGAAAUGCCAGCAGAUGAGGUACAAGAAACUCCACAGGAAGAAGUUCAGAUACAACCAGACAUGGAAGAAAUAGUUCAGCAACAACAGCUAGAAGAGCCUGAAGGAAACGAACAAGUCCUUCCUUUGGAAACUAACUUCACAGAACUAGAUGAAGAUUUGGAACAGCCGAAAAAUCUUGACCCUCAACAAGAGUAUGCGGAGAAUAUGGAAUAUUUCCAAGA